AUGAAUAGAGUCAAACCACACGUUCCCUUCAUUCAAAAUAUCCUCAAAGAAGGCAAUCGAUUCAAACGCAUGGACAAAAUCCGUCAUGCCAACAAAGAACAGGUUAAUGCCUUGAGCGAAAUCACCUUAAAUUUGUUAAAAAAAAACAUUCCCGUGUCCAACAAAACCAUUGGUCGAUUGAAACCACACAAAAACCUCUUAAGAUCCAUCGCCAAGAAAGGUGCCUCACUUAAAAAACGCAAACAGCUCUUAAUGAAACAACGCGGUGGUGGACAAUUAUGGAAAGGAUUACAAGAGGUAUGUCGAUGUGUCUCCCGGUAAAAUCCAAACGAUGCACAAAAUGCAAAGAGUAUAAAAGCUGCACUACUAACCUCGUGACCAUCAUCCAACAACAAAACAAAGAUUUGGAACAACUACAACGACAACUCGACUUUACCAAACGUUACUAUCAAGAACAAAUACGACGCAUCAUCUCAGCUCAAGACCAUGAAUCAAGUACUCAUGAUUCCCCCAGAGAAACUGGGUAAAUUAACCAAUCUCUACAAAGAACGCAUCACCAGUGAUCCCACUCUCACCACAGCCACUCAACUUGCAGCUACAAGACACAAAGUCCUCACCAACAAAAAUAUUCCUCCUGCCAUUAAAAAAGCCAAAGUCAAGGCAUUGAACUCCACCUUCAACAAAGCUUUACGAAAAUAUAAACAAGGUCCCUUUACCUCCACC